CCAACCCCCUUUCAGGUUUGCCCGACGCGUGAAUUGGGGUAGAGAUCUUCUCUUUCUUUUCGCCAUUUAUACCUGUUUUAGAGUAAUCAGGUAGCCGAAAUUGAGAAAUAGGGUAUUUUUUGAGGAGUUUGCGUCUUCGUAGUUGUAGGGCAAUGCAUUUCCUCAAAUUAAAACCCACUCUUCCAUAUUCUCUGAGCAAUUUGUCCAGAUCCUUUCUCUCUCUGUUCUCUACUAUUGUUUCUCCCUAUACUCAAGCCUCACCCGAACACAUUCCCAUCAUUGAUUACCUAAACAGCAACUUCAAAUUCUCCGAAGUUCAGUCCAUCUAUAUCUCAAAGCAACUGACUAAGACUAGGUGCCCUCGCAAUCCCUCGUCCGUGCUUAAUUAUUUUAAACAGAUUGGAUUUUCUGAGUCCCAGAUUCAAUCUUUGAUUAGUCGUCGACCCCAGUUACUGUUCUCACGAAUUGGUAAAACCUUGAAGCCGAAAAUUGACUUUCUUCAGCUUCAAGGGUUUGAGGGAUCUGAGCUGGGUGAGCUUCUUUCCAAGAAUUCACUUCUUUUGACUUAUGGUUUGAAUGAGAAAUUGGUUCCCCUUCUGGAGACUCUUAGGAAAAUUGCCUACAAUAAGGAAGAUUUUUUUAGAGUUCUUUGCAGGUCUGGGUCCUGGAAAAUGGCAAAUCACCAAAGAAUUUUGAACAAUGCUGCUUUCUUGGAGAGUUGUGGGAUCGUUGGAUCUCAUCUUUCAAUGUUACUGUCACGGCAACCUUUUCUUUUUUCUGCACCGGAGUCCCUGGUUCGAAACUAUGUUUCACGGGCUGUAAACAUGGGUUUCUCCAUAAACUCAGGAAUGUUGGUACAUGGGCUUCGGACAAUUAGUGGUAUGAACAUUGUUAAGUUCGACAGAAAGUUGGAAAUGAUUCAGAAUUGUGGGUUUUCUAAAGAUGAGACCAUGCAAAUGUUUACAAGAACUCCAGCAUUGCUUGACAGAUCUGAGAAGAGGCUGAAGUUUAAAAUUGAAGUGUUCUUGAAUAAAAUUAUGCUGCCUAAGUCAGUACUGAUUAAUAACCCUGUGAUUUUGAUGUUAAGCUUGGAGAAAAGGGUGAUCCCUCGAUGGAGGGUACAGCAACUGCUGAUCUCAAAAAAUUUACUUGAGAAGAAUCCAAGUUUUUUUGCGGUGCUAAAAUUGCGGGAGGAGAAAUUCUUGGAGAAGUAUAUUUCCAAGUUUAGCGAUAAUGAAGAGGCUUUACUGGAGGCUUACAAGAGCCACCAUCUGGAAGAUGCUUCUACAUGAUAAUAAUCAUGAAGUUCUGUUUCACACGCUUCUCUGCUGGAGCCUUUGGAUACUAUAGGAUAUGUUUGGAUUGAGAAGAACAGAGAGGUAGGUGAUUGAAAUUAAUGCUGACAUUUUAUUAUUUUAGAGUUAAUUUUAACAAUUUUAACUUUAUAUAUGACUUUUUCUGUAUGCUGGCGAUGCUAUUCCUCAAACAUAUGCUGGAGGGAAACAUAGACAGGUUGUUAAUUAUUUGAUGAUGUUGAGCUGCGCAAGAAAAUAUUGUGAAAAUGCUCUGUUGAAGAAGGUUCAUGAAAAUGGAAAUGGAGUUAAAUUAGAUGGCUUUAGGUGUUUUUGGUACAGCUGAGGAGACAUGGAAAUGGUUUCCAUGUGGAAGCCAAUUCCAUCAAAAUAUAUGGAAAUGACUUUCCAUCAUAUAUCCUACGGAUUUCUAAAAAUUCAAUAGAAUUAUGCUUUUACCCCCCCCCUUCUAGCUUCGUUCUCUCAAGUCCUCAACCCCUGGUGCCAUUCAAUCCUGCCGCCAGCAAUCUUUUGCGCCGGCAAUCUCCGGUCAAGCUAUGGCAGUGUCGUCAUCGAGAGCCACCCCAACGCAAUGGCAACGAUGUCGAGCAAGAACAACCUGUGUCUUCUUUUCGGCCUCCCAAAAGCGCAACAACCUUUGUCUUCUCCAUUUCUAGUUUAUGAGACUGAUUGUUUCGGUUUGGAUUUUGGAGAGCCAGCCUUCAAGAUUCAUUGUUCCAGACAGUGGUGUUGAUGUUAUGUUUUCCUAAUUUUUUGUGUGGCAACGUUAAGGUUUUCUAUAUGAAGAAGGGCAUUUAAGAAUUUUCAU